CCCUUCAUCGCCAUCAAGUAUCUGCUUUUUAAACAUACCCACACAAUACAGCUUUUUAAAAAUUAGAAUAUAAUAAAAUAUUUAUCAUGUUCCUCCUAACAAACUGAAAAUCUAUCUGAUGAGGUCAUGGUCUCUUUGGGCUUUAUAUAUCACAGUGUGUACAUAUUGUAAUAUAUAAAGCUGAAAUAUAAAGAGGAUACUGAAACGAAUUUUUAGGAUAAUGUAUCAGUAUGGUUGUUGAACCACACAAGUGCCAUUGAGACGUAGUGGCUACCUAGAAAUCCAAGCUUACGAACAGAGACCACGAGGUUAAAAUCUCGUAGUUAUGCAUACACAGUCUAUUCUCGUAAACUUUCCGACGGAUGAUCUUGCAAGUCCAACAAGCCUCUAAGACUUAGUCUUCAACGUCAAGCUUGAGAUUCUACUAUGUCGGGCGGACCCGACUCCUACAUCAGCAGGUGCUGGUAUCUAUGUUUGAGGGUAUUUUGAGGUGUUUCUCAUAGAAACUUAUCAGCAGUUCCGGAAACUUGUCCUUCAUAAAGCCAUUGUCCACUAUGACUUCACUACCAUCGCAUGUCACAGCUUUGAAAUACAUAUAAACAUGUCGCUUUCCUGUCUCCAUUCUCCAAUCAAACCACAGUGCCGACUUGAUAUGUGUGAUGUGAUCACCAUCACCUCUUGGUCGCAGUCCUCUCACUUCCCCACCACUAAGAGAAGAAAAGUCAAUCAGAUCGGACUUGCGAAUCUCGCACGUCGGCUGAGAAUUAACAAAACUGUGCCAGCCCUCCGUCUGAACUUGACAUCCAUUUCCCCUGGUCACGACUGAACGCUGUUCUUCGUGUUGAGGAGCCUCAUCGACAGGCGUCAAUUGUUCGUGAUGACCAGAAACUGCAACUAGUUGCAGCAACUCGCUGCACUUCAGAUCUGCGUGUCGCGCCAAGCAUGGCACAAGACCACGAGCUUUCUUCGGAACUCCACCGACAUCCUCAUCAAACCGUGCAGCCAUACGUUCAAUCUGGGAUCCAGCAACUGUCUUCGUUAUCAAUUUCGAAGUGUAAUUAAAACCGGAUUCGAAUCCUCUCUCCAGUGAACCUUCUGCUGUGGUCCGAGGGUCACCCGCAGCAGCAGCUGCUUCAUGAAUAGCGUCCUUCACAUCUCCGUUCGCAGGAGCCAGAGAAUCAGAAAAAUCCCCCAGUCCUAAACUUCUCCCUAAACUUCUCGUUCCCACGUCCAGAUUUCUCGAAACUUGAGCAGCUUCCAUGUCGAACUCGGACUGACACCAACCUCGGAUCUCACGAGCAGAAGAGAGAAGGGAUGAUUGUAGACUCAGGAGGUCUCCGGAAGCAAGGAAGGAAGAAAGGCAUGGCACUUCCUAUCUCUUCGAGCUAUUGACCGACCCCGUCGAUCCCAAAGGCUCGAGCAGUAUAAAGCAUCUGCACAUACGAGGGCCUCGUCCUGGUUCCCACAAUGUUGGCAUGCCACUCUCUGCUCUCUCUGCUGGCGAUCCUUGCAGAGGCUUUCCCUUCC